AUGUUACAAAUAGCAACACCAUUCUCACAAGCUCUAUUCAUCUUAAACAAAUUUCUGCUACUAUUGGUUUUAACGUUUACUGCAUAUGUAACUGCACAAGAAGAAAUAUCUUCAGAAUAUUUACCACCAUCAGAUGAAUCAAAUUCAAGUCCCUUAGGUGCAGAUGGCUACAGAUAUAGAACAAUUCGUCGUCUAAGAUAUCGACAUCGUCGUGACGUUUCAGAAUUACCUAAUUCAGAAUAUUUACCUCCAUCAGAUGAUGCACCACCUCCACCACCUCCUCCUCCUUCAGCACCUUUAGAUAAUAGUGGUUAUAGAUAUCGUACAGUCAAAAGAUACAGAUAUAGACACCGUCAUCGUCGUGAAGCUCCUGAUAUGCCAAAUCUUGAUUAUUUACCACCAGAUCAAUCUUCUGGUCCAUCAUCAUCAGAUGAAUCAACGCCAAUGGCUCCAGAACCGGCACCGGCUCAUAAAUUAGGUGAAAAUGGUUAUGAAUAUAGAAAAGUUCGUCGUAUUAGAUACAGAUAUCGUCAUCGUCGUAGUGCCGAUAAUACACCUUCUUCUGAAUAUUUACCGCCAGUUGAAUAUUUGCCACCAGUUAAUGGAGAUCAAUCAGCGUCAUUAUCAAAUGAUGGAUAUCGUUAUAGAACAGCUAAACGUUAUCGUUUCAGAUUCCGCCGUCAUUAA